AUGCUAUAUUUGUUUAGCCCAAAUGAAUGGAAUUUUGUAUUUGAUAAAGUUAUCACAGAUGCAGAUGGACGAGCACAAUUUACUAAAUUUUUACAAAGUGAAUAUAGCGAAGAAAACAUCCUGUUUUGGUGGGCAGUUCAGGAACUUCGAUUAAGUGACAGUCGUGAACAGUUUGAACGAACAGUACGUGAGAUGUUUGAGACAUUUAUUGCCUCAGAUUCACCGUUGGCAAUAAACAUUGAUCAUGAUACACGGAUGGAUAUUGUUGAACGAGUGGAUACCAAAGAUCCGUCAACGUAUCCAGAAAAUAUUUUUGACAGAGCACAGGCACAUGUAUAUCGGUUGAUGGAAAAAGAUUGCUUUAGUCGUUUUGUUCAUACCCAGGCAUAUAAGGAUCUUGCCAAACGUUUAAAUCUUCCACAAACCUUCAAUCUAAAUGGCCGUCUGACACCAAGGUGAGU